AUGGGGCCAUGGGCUCCCUGUGCUUGGUGCCAAUGGAAUGCCUACUGUACCAGUGCCACCUCCUACCACUAUGAUCCUGGAUUCACUUCUCUGUCUGGAGAGGUCAUCUUCACCACCCCCUUGGAGGUCUGUACAGGUAUCAACGAGUGUGGCCCACCUCUACAUGUCUUAUGGAAGCCUUGCACAUUGUCACAAUGUGGAGGAGGGUCACUACUGUGUGACUGUGAUCCCCUCUUUGAUGAGUCUCAGAAGGAGGGUCCUGUGCUGACUGUAAUCACCUACCUGGAGCUGGGCCUCUCUCUGCUGUGUCUCCUCCUGGCAGCCCUCACCUUCCUGCUGUGCAAAGCCAUCCAUACCACCAGCACAUCCUUCCACCUGCAGCUUUCAAUCUGCCUGUACCUGGCUCACCUGCUCUUCCUCAUGGCCAUCAACCAGACUGAACCCUAGGUGUUGUGUGCCAUCAUCACAGGUGCCUUACACUAUCUCUACCUGGCCUCCUUCACCUGGAUGCUGCUGGAGGAUCUGUACUUCUUCCUCACUGCAUGCAAUCUGAAGGUGGUCAACUACUCCAGUGUGAAUAGGCUCAUGAAGAAACUCAUGUUCCCUGUGGACUAUGGAGUCCUAGCCAUAAUCGUGGCCACUUCUGCUGCAUCCAGGCCUCACCUUUAUGGAACACCCACCCGGAUGCUGACAUUUAAAGCCACAGCUCAGCUCCUCAUCUUGGGCUGCACGUGGUGCCUGGGCAUCCUGCAAGUGGGUCCAGCUGCCCAAAUCACGACUUACCUGUUCACCAUCAUCAACAGCCUGCAGGGUGUCUUCAUUUCCCUCGUGUACUGCCUCCUCAGCCAUCAAGUAUCACUGCCCAGCUCUCACCUGGGACUCGUCCCCUCCUCAGUCCCCUCAGUGAGCUGA